CCAAGCGGGUAACAGGAAGAAACGCGUGGGGCCCCGCGACGAGCGAGCGAGCACGGUCGCGUACAAGUUGUACUCGUUGUGUUGCUACGGCACAGCGAUCACACUCGCUCGUGUUCAGGGAGCCGCAGUGUGUGUUCGGCCCGGACCUGUAGGCACUGUCCACAGCCACCGUGGUGCUGAAGCGUUGUUCCCUGGAAGCCUCGCGUCUUAAAUCCCAGUUGCCACAUGGAAGUCGGAGAGGCAACCGUGGAGGAAGAGGCUUCGCAAUCCAAAACGUUCAAGACUUGGCAGGACAGCGCUUUUUGCAGACGGCAGAGGGCACUUGAGCAAGGAGUCUGCCCAUACAGAGUCGACAUUGGCCGACGAAUUCUCACGGACAAAAAUGCCCUCUUCCCACUUCUGCAUCAAGGAAACGAGAGCGAGCUGGGCCUCGAGGUGUCCUCUCUGCGGGACGGCGUCGUGCGUGUGCGGAUCAACGAGACGCGCCCCCUACGGCCACGGUACCAGGUCCCAGAUGUCCUGCUGGCAGAGCCGGACACCCAGAGAUGGACUGAGGAAUCUGUGGACGAGAAGAGAGUGACACUGGGUGCCGGGGAAGUGAGCGUAGUCGUCACGGCCGCCCCCUUCCAGGCAGAAGUUCGUCUCGCUGGCCAUCCGUUUGUGAGUCUCAACCCGCAGGGUCUGCUGCAUUUUGAGGUUCUUCAAGAGAGACCGGAACGUGCUGUUGGGGUAAGCGGUGUGGAGACACAAGCAAAAGCAAAUGACGACCCAAAAGCAACGGAGGCCUCGUCAGGAGCAGACGUUGACAGUGAUGGAUUGUGGGAAGAAACUUUCAAUGAGGUCGUGGACAAAAAACUGAACGGGCCGUCCUCGGUGGGGCUGGAUUUUGCGCUGCCGGACUGCGGACACGUCUACGGCAUUCCCGAGCGAGCCACCAGCUUCCGGCUGAAGCCAACCACGGAGGGCAGCCCUUACCGCAUGUUCAACCUGGACACGUUUGGUUACGAGCUGCACAAUCCACAGGGCCUGUACGGGGCCGUGCCUCUGCUGCUCGCUCACUCAGCGCGGCGCACCUCUGCCAUAUUCUGGCUCAACUUCGAAACCUGGGUGGAUGUGUCUACGACACAGCAGCAGCAGCAGCCUCCGGUGCCCUCCGAGCCGUCGGCGAGUCAGAGUUCGUCGGCCUGCGAUCGAGUGGACACGGGGGUCCGCUGGAUGUCGGAGAGCGGCAUCAUCGAUGUGAUCGUCCUGCCGGGCCCGACGCCGUGCGACGUGCUCCGGCAGUACGCCGGCCUCACGGGCACGCAGGCCCUGCCACCCUUAUUCGCGCUCGGCUACCACCAGAGCCGCUGGGCCGAGCAGACGGAGGCCGACACGCGGGAGGUUGACAGCGGCUUCAGGAGGAGCUGCAUCCCGUGCGACGUCCUGUGGCUCGACAUUGAGCACACGGACGGCAAGCGGUACUUCACGUGGGAUGCCGGUCGCUUCCCCGACCCCGUCGGCCUCCAGAACGACCUCGCGGCAAAAGGUCGCAAGGUGGUGACCAUUGUGGACCCGCACAUUAAGGUGGACGAUGAGUACUUCAUUUAUUCGGAGGGCAAUGCCAGGGGAUAUUUUAUCCGAAACCCCGACGGGAGUAACUACGAGGGCCGCUGCUGGCCCGGCCUCUCCUCAUACCUGGACCUGACCAACCCCGAGGUGCGUGAUUGGUACGCGAGCAAGUUUGAUUUCUGCAACUACAAGAACUCGACGGCGGCGCUGUUCACGUGGAACGACAUGAACGAGCCGGCCGUGUUCCACUCCAUCGAGAAGACGGUGCCCAGGAACUGCCUUCAGUGGGGCGGCUGGGAGCACCGAGACAACCACAACCUGUACGGCUUCUACCAGCAAAUGGCGUCGGCGGACGGGCUCGUGAGGAGGUCGGGAGGCCUGGAGCGGCCCUUCGUGCUCACCCGCUCGUUCUUCGCAGGAUCACAGCGCUACGGUGCGGUGUGGACAGGGGACAGCCUGGCGACGUGGGAUUACCUUCGCAUGUCCACACCGAUGCUGCUGAGCCUCAGCGUGUGUGGGAUCUCGCUGUGUGGAGCGGACGUGGGCGGCUUCUUCGAAGAGCCUCAGUCGCAAGCGAUGGUGCUGCGCUGGUUCCAGGCCGGCUCGCUGCAGCCGUUCUUCCGCGUCCACUCGGCCAAGGUUCGGCGCGAGCCUUGGCUCAUGGGCGCCAGCGGCGAGAAGCUGAUCCGGCGGGCGGUGGCGCUGCGCUACUCGCUGCUGCCGUACUGGUACACCCAGUUCUACCACGCGCACCGCACCGGCCAACCCGUCAUGCGACCUCUCUGGGUUGAAUUUCCUUCGGAUGAGGAGACUUUUGUUCUGGAGGAUCAGUACAUGAUCGGCAAUGCCCUGUUGGCCCGGCCGGUGACUGAGGACAACGUGAAUACGGUGCAAGUUUACCUCCCUGGGAGAAACGAGGCAUGGUACGACAUCCACAGCCACAAGCGCUACCCAGCUCCGGGCAAGAUCGUGAAGCGUGUCAACAUGUCCUCGAUCCCUCUGUACCAGCGAGCUGGAACCAUCAUCCCCCAAAAGCUCCACCUGCGGGACUCCACCGAGCUCAUGAAGGACGACCCCUACACCCUGCUUGUCGCUGUGGACCCAGGGGGCUGUGCUGAAGGAGAGCUGUUCGUAGACGACGGCCAUUCGUUCCUCUACAAAACCCAACAGCGGUUCCUGCACCGCGGCUUCAGCUACAGCGACAGCACGCUCACCUGCAGGUCUCUGGACUCUGCGGGAUCCAUGGAGUCUCGCGUGCAGGUGGAGAAGGUUGUGGUCGUGGGUGUGCGUCGUCCCGCCCGCGUUCUGCGCUCGCUGCCAGGUGGCAAAAAGAAGGCACUCCAUUUCGGGUACAAUGCCAGCUCAUCGGUGCUGGUUGUCAAGAAUGUGGGCGUUCCCAUCGCCUCCGACUGGAGCAUUUCCCUCACCUUAAAACAGGGCCACAAGUCUUCCUGAGCCUGACCAACCAGCCUUGACCAUUUCGAUACAAUCCUGCUGCGAGCCAAACCCAGUUGCAUAUCAAUACACACACACACACACUCCUUCCUUUAGCUCAUCAUCUCUCACAGCAGCCGAGUUGCCAAAUAUACAUUUUAUGGGUCAGGGUGACAGUGCAGCAUCGAAGGCGGAAACCAGUGAUUGGCUGUGGGUCGGCAAAUUCGAUACAGCCACAGGUGUGGCUGAAAUAGAUCAUUGCGUUCUCCCCUCGGUUGCGUACCCAAGGGGGCAGGCCACUGCCGCCACCUCCCUCCAUCCCAUCCCAAUCCCACACCCUUCUCUUCAGCUCAGAGUGCCGUGCGCUCCGUGUUAUUGCAUCCUGACCAGGGAAGGGUUAUUGAAGUGGGCCACUCUGGUGUCUCUCGCAGUGUUUGUUUAGGUGACGCCAUCAAAAGGGUGCAGUUGAGCGUUACACCCAGGACUCUAUUCCUGUAUUGUCCGCGCCAAUUGUCCGAUAUUUUUUUUUUCUGAGGGUCGACGGCAAAGAGCGAACGUGGAUGUUAGUCAGUGGUGGCGGGUUUUAACGACACAUUUAUAGCAUUUUUACGCGAUCUAACCCCAAAAAACAACAGCUCUAUUAUGAACGUGGAUGGUUUGCAAACCUGCAGGUUAAAUCCUUCUAACUGGAUUCGGAGUGUCCCUCCCUGUUCAUUGCUCAAGAACUCUUGUGCGGAGUGCGGUGUUGUGAUGUGGAAAGGGCGAAGUAGGAUUGGAUGGGCUAGUUGGAGCAUGGGAACUGGAGAGAGAAAGAAUGAUCUCUGUUUACAGUUGUGCAAUGCAAUUUAAUACUACAAUAUGGGUAACCCCCUCUAUAUACAGAACAGAUAUGCACCUUAAAAGUUGUCCGGAGAGCGAAAUUCUGUAUUCACAUCCAUAUAUUCCCAUUGACUCCCCAUGUAUAAUUGGAGGUACAUGCCUACAGGAGAAAAUGUCAGCCCCAAGACAUGAUAAAAUAGAAUGCAGUAGACCUUUUUAAAGUAUAUAUUUUGUGGAAAAUCGAUCAUUUUUAAUUAAAAUAUCAAUUACAAUACACAAAAUAAGCUAAAUAAAAAUACUGUACAAUACAUGAGAUGAGGUUUUCCCUUUUUUCUGGCAACAAAACAGGUGUUAAGAUGUUAAAACACCAAACUGAAACCUUUUACAAGGAAUCAUGUCUGCAUUAACCACAAUACUUGUGGUCAAAAUGUAAACAAAAAACAUACUCUGAUAUUCUAUGCAUUGUCUUUGAAACUGAUUGGUCCACACCAGAGACAACUUUCUUUUGAGCAUUUUGGCGUCCUCUGGUCUGACACCGUUUGUCAGGCAAAAUAAGUUCAACAUGCACACAUACAUAGGCAUUGCAAUUAGAGAUUUCACAAUAUAUCAAUAAAUACGCUUUGAUACACUGGCAGUGUGAUUCAUGCAACAGUUGUGCGUUUCAGAAUGGACUUUGUUGUUUGUGAUUAGUUCAUGGAAACCCUGCAGCCAGUGCAGAUUGUAAAUGCUGCACAAGGGUAAAACAAAAACAAGAUUCAAUCAUCAAAUCACGAAUUGUGACGAUCGAUCGAAUCUUACAGGGGUUAAUCCUUACAUCCUUGACAACCAGAAAUUAACACAUUAAACAUAAUAUCACGGAUGAACUUGGACAUUAAUGGAAUUCUGUUUUAGGGUGUUUUAAACUCGUUUGAGCAUGUUUUUGCCGAUAAUGGUGUGCACUGAUUGUUACAAAAAGUUAAUUCACUGCAUGAGAGGCACGAUCAGAAUAGUUUGAGAAUUGUAUAAGGUUUGGUCAUUCUUAAAUGCAGCAGAAAGUGGGCCUGACAUUCUCCUCUAGAAUCGUCUGAUUCAAUGCAAAAUCCAUGGUUGUGUCAAUGAUGGCGACAGUGGAUUGGUGAAGCCCCAAAUAUUUAGAAUGUUUUUCGUAACCCUUUCCAGCCUAAUGAGCAUCAAUAACUCUUUUUCUGAGAUCUUCAGAUUUAUUUUGAUUGUGGCGUCACUUGUUUCCACACACACCUGUAUGGUGAAGAUCAAACUCACAGUGUCUGAUCUUUAUACAGGGUGGGACCUCCCAAACUCAUCGCUGAAGAUCUACCUUAUUAUUGAAACACCUGAUUCAAAUGAUUCCCUUAAUUGAGCAAAUGAAACCAGGGGUUCACUUUUUCACAUACCCUGAACCGUAAUUACUCUGUUUAAUUCAUACUUAAUGUUGCUUCAAAAGACAUGGAAUUGUUUAAUAUGAGCCCUAUUGGAUAUUUAAUAAAAGACCGGCUUUAAUUCAAGAAGGCUCUCAUGGUAGAACUAUGGAAUUUCCAUAAUCAUUGGGGUUCGCAAACUUUUUCUCGCCACUGUACCUCAUUCUCAACAAACUGUUGACUGCCUCUUAUGCAUGUUCACAGGUUCAGUUUGUCUAAUUACUCUUGGUUGCGUUGACUUGGUAGCAGUACUGCAAUCACUAACUUCAAGGGAAAGUGAUUGAUUUUAGCAUUUGCAAAUGACUUCGGUGUGUUGGUGUUUACAAGGCGGCAGUUUCAUAUCGCCGCCGCUGCAUGGCUGAACGAUAGCUUCAGUUAUCGCGGGACUUUAAACGUCUUCUGGAAUUAAAUAAUGAAAUAAAUGCACAAAUUCUGUGCCGCCACUCUGA